AGAGAUCGUCGGAAAACAGAUAGUUUGGUUAAAUGUUGAUUAACGUCUUUGAAUAAGAAACAUGAUAAAUCUACAGAUUAUUUAUGAAAUAUUUUGUUGAAAAAAGUAUGGUCCUGCAGAAUACAUUAAGAAAGUUACUAGCCGGUGUGACAACAGUGCAGAGAAUUAGUUGCUUUGCCACAUCAGCUCUCCACAUGAAUGAUGUCAAAAUAUCAGUAGUUCCACAUGAGGCAUUAGUGGAUGAACGUGUCCACAUCAAGGUGGAUGGCUUACCAAAGAAUGGCCCUGUUACGAUCAAAGCCUCUCUACAAGAGGGUAACAAUAGAUUUGCAUCAUAUGGUUGUUACACAGCAUCAGAGCAGGGUCAUGUGACGGUGGAGGAUCAAGCUUCUGUACAGGGGACAUAUACAGGUUUGGAGCCCAUGGGUUUAUUUUGGAGUAUGAAACCUGAACCGUCUUCCCGACAGAACAUAAGAUUUCUGAAAAAGGAUGUGACUUCUCCUAUUGUUGUGACAUUGUCAGUGAUUGAAGGUCACCACUCUUGGGAAACUUUGUUUGAUCCACCCCCGAAGCCUCUAGCUACAUUAGAUGUAUAUAGAUGGUACAAAGACAGGAAUGUUAGAAGAGAGAGAGUUAGCAAUGGAAACAUCAGGGGAGGGAGCAUUUUCUCUGGCUAUUUUUCCUUUCUAGGACCAGGGCCAUUUCCGGGGGUGAUUGACAUGUUUGGUAGUGGAGGGGGACUUUUUGACCACAGAGCAGCGUUGUUAGCCUCCCGCGGUUAUUGUGUAUUUGCUCUGCCAUUUUUUGCGUAUGAAGAUUUACCAGAAACAAUGCCAGAUGUGUCACUGGAUUAUCUCAUAGAGAGUGUGGAGUGGUUUGCGGGGAUACCAGAAGUGAAGCAUGAUGGGAUAGGUAUAAUCGGAAUUUCUAAGGGAGGCAUGUAUGCCAUGGAGCUCUGUAGACAUGUCCCACAGAUCAAAGCUGUUGUUCUGGUGAAUGGGGUAACAUUUUAUUCUGAUGCUCCCCUUAAGUACAGCAAGGGAGACAUAGAAAACAUCGAUUUUCAGUUUGAUCAAAUGAGGGUCACACCAGAAGGAAUAGACAUUGCAAAUUGUUAUCAGCCCACAGAUGAAUUCUUCAUCAAAGGAUGGGAAAGUGAAGCUACAUUUCUGAUCAUUUCGGGAGAAGACGAUGGAUGUCUUAAUUACUCUGUAAUUGAACAUUUUAUGGAACUGGUGCCAAAGGAACAUAAACAUCGGUUCCAGGUCAUGAAGUACCCCAAAGCUGGACACCUUCUUGAGCCACCAUAUUCACCUCACUGCAGGCACUCCUUCCACAAAGUGUUCCAAUUUGAAUUUCUCUGGGGUGGAGAAACAAAAGCUCACAGUUACGCUCAGGAAGAUUCCUGGAGGAGGAUCCUAGAAUUCUUCUCAAACCAACUUCAAUCUAACAAACAAACAUCUGGCAGCCAUUUAAACACUGUCAGUAAAUUAUAACAAAUAUAGAAAUGUCUGACAGUCACUAAAUUGUAACAAAUAAACAAAUGUCUGACAACUAUUUAAACACAACCAGUAAAUUAUAACAAGUAAACAAAUGUCUGGUAACUACUAAGUUAUAACACAUUAAUAAAUGUCUGACAAACAGAUAAAAAAUUGUUACAAACAACUACAAAUUCGUACACAAAUGUCAGACAACCAAUGAAACAAAGGAAAUUAUAACAAGAAACAGAUGUCUGUCAAUCACUUCAACACAACUCGAUCAGUUAAUAAUAACCAACAACAAAAUAAUUAAAAACAGAUGUCUGUCAAUCACUUAAAAACAACCAAUCAGUUAGUAAUAACCAACAACAAAGUAAUUAAAAACAAAUGUCUGUCAAUCACUUAAACACAUCCAAUAAGUUAGUAAUAACCAACAACAAAGUAAUUAAAAACAAAUGUCUGUCAACCACUUAAAAACAACCAAUCAGUUAGUAAUAACCAACAACACAACUAACACGAUCAGUUAAUAAUAACCAACAACAAAGCAAUUAAAAACAAAUGUCUGUCAACCACUUAAACACAACACAAUCAGUUAAUUUUAACAAAUGAAAUAUAAAGGUUGUUAGAAUUAGUAAAGAGGUAUAAUUGAAAGAAUUAUUUUAAGCAGAUUUUAAUGAAAAGUUGCAGGUAUGUACAUCUUAAACGGAUAUUUUACACCAGGAAUACUCAAUCAAGGAGAUUUAAAUAACAAUAUGACUACUAGUAAUUCAAGGAGAUUUAUUGGAAUAUAAUUUUUUUUUAUGGAAUUCAUCAUUUACUUACAAUUAGUAAUUUAUUUAUCAUGUACAUUAAAAAAAAAUACAAUUACAUUUUUUGUUCCACUUCAUAUAUGAUGUGUCGAAAUUAUGAUGUUGAUAAAAUCUUGGAAUUGAAUUUGAGAUAGAAAUUUUUAUUUGCUCUAAGGUAAUUGGUGUGAUGUUAAUAGAAUAUAUAUGUUUUGUAUUUAGAAGAACCAUAUUUUUGAAUUAUUAUUUGAUAUUUUAUCAAAAUAUCAGAGCAAUGUUAUUUAUUUUACUUUUUUUCAGAAAAUCAUAUCAAAUUAAUUGCAUACUUUUCUUACAAAGACAUUUUUAGCUAAAUAAUGAGAAUGUAUUUUAUUUGUUAAUGGUUUUUGUUUUUUUUUGUUAAUAAAUGGUCAAACCUU